GGCUGAGCUGAAGCAGGAGUGCCUGGCCCGCGGCCUGGAAGCAAAAGGCAACAAGCAGGAUCUGAUCAACAGGCUCCAGGCGUACCUGGAGGAGCACGCUGAAGAAGAAGCAAACGAAGAAGAUGUCCUGGCAGAAGAAAUAGAGGAGGAAGAGCAGAAGCCGGUAGAGCCGCCCGCCAAAGUAGAAGAGCCUCCUGUAAAAUCGCCUGACGUGAUUACGGAGAAGAAGGUCGUGAAAAUAACGUCAGAAAUAUCGCAGAUGGAGCGAAUGCAGAAGAGGGCUGAACGCUUCAACGUGCCCGUGAGCCUGGAGAGCAAGAAGGCAGCGCGGGCAGCUCGGUUUGGUUUGGCCACAGUUUCGACUAAAGGCCUCUCUGCAGACAGCAAACCCACGGUAAACAUGGAUAAAUUAAAGGAAAGGGCUCAGAGAUUUGGGUUGAAUGUCUCCUCGCUCUCCAAGAAGAGUGAAGAAGACGAGAAACUGAAGAAGAGAAAGGAGCGGUUUGGCAUUGUAACGAGUUCAGCCGGGGCUGGAGCUACAGAGGACACAGAGGCAAAGAAGAGGAAAAGAGCAGAACGCUUUGGGAUCGUCUGAUGCUGGUCC